UAUUGGGUAUCCCACUAUUCCCGCUUGCCAGAUAUAAAAAUACGAAAAACGCUUUUAAAAAGGAAAUAUUCCCCUGCUCUCCGCCCCUACGGCGGCGCACUCUCCAUGUCCGAAUCAGAGCAACACAUACGCCGGGGAGCUCCCCCGCCUUUGUACAAGCAGAAUUCAUGGUCGCCUGAUACACUCCGAGAGGAGGCGUGGAGCAAUCGCCGUAGAAAUCAUCGACUGCGGCGCGGCCGCAGCGUCACCGAUGAUGACCUGGACGAGCUGCGCGGCUGCUUGGACUUGGGAUUCGACUUUGAUUCGCCUGAUUUGGAUCCGAAACUCUCGUCGACUCUCCCCGCACUUCAGUUUUACUACGCUGUGAAUCGGCAGUACUCUCAUACCCUGUCUAGAUCUUCUUCGGCGUCGUUUUCCGAUUGCGAUACCGCGUCGACGUCGUCCGUCGGGAGCCCCGCCGCGAUUAUAGAUCCAGGUGAAAAGCCGGAAAUGGUGAAGACAAGAUUGAGGCAAUGGGCGCAGGUGGUGGCGUGUUCGGUGCGGCAACUCUCGCCUAACUCAUGAUUAGAUGACUCUUCACGAUUUCGUGAG